AUGAGUCACGAGACUGGGAUAUUUGAUCGAAUGGUUUUCAACACGUCGGACCAAUUAUCGAUAUGUGGGAUACACGAGCCACGUAAGAAGAGUAAGGAGUAUGAAUACUUACCAUCUCCUCCGAUGAUAAAAACUCCCCAUUUAAUAUUGUGUUGUUGUUUAAAUAUAGGAAUCGACCCCCCACUUAAUGGAUUAGUUAAACCACGUGUGUCUUCGACUCUCUAUGGGUGGGUGAAUGUUAAAGAUCAUAAGAAGCGUGAAAUUGGAUAUGAAAUUACAGUACAAUUAGCAAACCAAUAUCAACGGUACUGUACUCCAUCAGUCACAACAGAAACACUAUGGGACCCAACUCCAGAAUCAGUCAAAAAAGCUUGUCUAGCUGCGCGAGAACGCUUUCCAAAGGACAGAGUGUUGUUUCAUUAUAACGGACAUGGGGUGCCAUUACCUACACUGAACCACGAGUGCUGGUUUUUUGAUUCUAAGAUAUCGACAUACAACCCUAUGAACAUUUCUGAAGUCUUCGACUGUUUGGGAGAAAAAGCGGUGUAUGUCCUCGACUGUCCGUACUCGGAAAGACUCUUCAAAUGGUUCACUAAGUAUAACGACAAACUUAAGAAGACCCACAAGAAGUCCGCGGAGUUCAUUGUCUUGUCUGGGUAUGGACUCUUACAACAACCACAGACUAACCCAAACUACCCGGUCGAUUUAUUUUCGACGUGUUUAACUACUCCACUCUCAAUGGCUAUUUUAGACUACUUUUACUCGGCAGAUACCGUCUUGUUACUUCCAGAACAAUUCUUAAAAACACUUCCAAUAGACCAAAAGGCUAAAACACAACCGUUUUCAGAGUUGUAUGCAAUUUUAACAAGUGUCAUAGAAGCUAUAGCGUGGAACGUAUUACCUCCAGAUGUGUUUAUGAAACUAUUUAGACAAGACAUCGCAGUCGCGUCACUGUUUCGACACUUCAUUUUAGCAACGCGAAUUAUGAAGAAGUUCAAUUACACCCCACAAAGCUACCCGGCUCUACCAGACACUUCAAAUCACCCCUUGUGGAAGAUGUGGGACUAUGUCAUCGAACUUGCUAUACCAAAAUUGGUGAACUCGACAAAACAAAUCAAUUACGUGCCUUCCCCAUUCUUCAGUGACUUGAUUGUAUCGAUGAAAUCGUGGCUCAAAAUUCGACCGGACGAACCCCCGAUACCAAGUCCGCUUCCAAUGAUAUUUCGACUGUUUCUACGGAAGGACUACACCUUCGAGGUGUUUUCACUGGUGUGUGAAUACGUCGAUUUAGGAUUUUACGCGUGUGAGAGAGUCGUGAAUAUCGGAUUUAUACCUCUCUUAGUGCAAAGUCUCGAUAAAGAAGGUCUUCAGCAGUUUGGGGUGUUCUGUCUUGCUAAAGUGUUUUCAUAUGACGCAACACCCACCUCGGUGUACUUGAAAAGCUCAGUGCCGGCAUUAAUGAAAAUAGCAACGAAGUCAAAUCAGUCGAAUGAGCUUGUCUGCACGUUAUUUUUACUCGCGCAAGUCUUCUUGGAUGGGAAUGUGAUCAACAAUUUAAACAACAAAAGUGUCAUCUACGACGCACUGUUUGCCAUCUCACGAAAUGACAAUUCGAUGGUGAAAAUAUGGGCGAUUGUGUGCUUUGCACGACUUGUGGGACACGAGGGGGUGAAAAGUGAUGUCUACAACUUGCCACAAUUCCAACCGAUGUUGCAAGAAUUGUCACAAGACGACUCUCCGUUGGUCAGAAGUGCUGUUGUGUAUUUACUGAUGUACUCAAUAUCGCCUCCUUCCGUCGAACAGUCGAAAAGACUGUUAGACGAUCUCCAUCCGAAAGUAUGUGAGUUGGCGAAAGACGCGUGUCCGACAGUUAGAAGUCUAUUAGUCGUCCUCAUCUAUCGAGUUAUUGCGAUGGGACACCAACCAUCGAAAUAUCAGGAAGUGUUAUUCUAUUUAAGCAAUGAUACCGACCCAGACGUUAUCAGAGCGGCCGAAGGAUUACUCUCGUUAUGUGAGAAAAGUCGCAUACAGAAACCAUUUGGUCGGAAGACGAUGGCAUCUCCUAUGGAACAAUUUGCAAAGGCAAGUCAACGGAUCUUUGAUGACUUAUUAGAGCGGUUCUAUUGCUCAAUACGAGACGUUUUUCGACAGCCUUUGCUCUUCAAAAUAAUUAACGAAGAGAAGGCGGGGAGGAAGGAGUGGUUUAAAAAGCAAUCGAAAUCAGUUCAGUCGUCGUCGAGAGACUUUUACUUCGAGAUCGCAAAGAAGCAGUUUAAAGAGGAGAUGAGAAUUAGUUUUGGAAAUUCGGUAUAUGUCCCAAAGUGCGUGUUAUAUCACCCGACACUGCCAUGUGUACUUGCUGAUAUAUCACUGGAUACCAUUGGUGUCUUUGAGUAUAAGGUAUCGCAGACUGAAAGUUCCAAUUUUUCGAAUUAUAAUCCAAUUAACACAUCGGUAAAGUACUUGGACUGGCUUGAUAAGAAUGACGCAUAUUUGGUUAGUGGGUGUGGCGAUGGGUCUGUCCGACUUUGGGGAGACUGGGACUACAAGCCAAAGUUGAUCACUUCGUGGAGAGGCAUCCCCAAACCCGUUGUUUCACAGGCGGUAUUUACUACUAUGACGAACCACCGAGUCAUCUCUGGUGAAGGAGAGUCUGUUUUUGUGUGGGACGUUGAAUAUGAAAAGUGCGUUGAAAAUUAUGAGAUACUCAGUGGAGUGUCUUGUUUGAGUCAGUUUAGUGACAAGUCCUUUUUCUGUGGAGGUGUAAGUGGUGGUGUUUCGAUAGUAGACAUGCGGUGUAAAACAGUGAACGAGUGGAAAGAUCAAAAGGAGCGAAUUAUUGAUAUUGGAUAUUCCACGCGAGCCUACACUGUUGUCUCGACGAGUGGAGGAAAUGACGGAAAAGUCUGUUUAUAUGAUGUGAGGAAGUUUGGGGAGAAACAGAACACCUGUCCUUACAAGACAAUAUCAGUCGGGCCUGAUGUGACUUCUGCAUGUGUACAUGAAGAAGCGCCUUAUUUCGCUGUUGGGACUGUUAACAACCACGUCAAAGUGUUUAACGUGAUCACGGGAGAGGUCUGGCAACACGUCAAAAUGUAUGAAAACUUCUUGCGAAUUAAGUCGACUGCUGCGAGUUAUGUGACGUUCCCAAGCUAUGAUUUUGGGUUGGCGGUUGUUGCUGGGAAUUCGGUUGUUAUGUACUCUUUGAAUUGA